CGAGCCAUCGCAGCAGCAACAGCUAUAAUUGAAAAAUAAAAAGCACUAAAACGCGAGUGUCAAAGACCCACAAGAUUCGAAAAUUGAAAAUAUAUAUUUCCAAUUUUCCGUUUCAGGUCAUUUAUUUUGAAUUAUUUUUGUCCAACUAUUACAGUCAGACUAGAGUGCUUUAUCAAACUUUAUCAAAAUAUAAGUAGCAUCAAUAGCUCGAAUAAUGUCGUGUGACCAUAGCGACCCGACUUCGCUCAGCAAAGUCUGUCAGAUAAACUGUAAAAUUGGAUCAUCCACAUCCGAAGAUAAAAAGCACUCGCUCUCACCGGAAUCCCUAUCACCAAAAAGAGAUGGCAGUGCAACUGGUGCUAAACCAAAACGAAAAUCACGAGGUGCACGAAGACGUCUCAAUGCAAUGAUGAGUAACGUCUCCCUGCACUUCUCAGACACCGACUCGGAGGACGAGUUGUCAGUAGUGAAGACAAAAAUUCGAAACCAGAGCCCAUCAUCGAGAGCACUUAAUGGUGAAAUACCGCCACCAGUGAUCGAAGUAACUCUCGAGACGGCUGAGGGAGAGCCCGGGGAUUCCCACUGGAACGGUAUGGGCGGGGGAUCCCCAGUGAGCGACAGAAGAAGUAGUUUUGGUGAAAACCUGACUGACGUCGACGAGAUAUACUUCGACGACCCAAAACCUGAUGGCAAAGGCCUGAACAUUCCCGAUCAGGUGCCCCAGGGGGAAACAGAUGUGGAGGAUAUGUCAAACGACGAGGGAGAGACUGACGAGCCGAUUCUCAUUACAGCACCCCAGAUAGACAUCCUCAGGGAAUUCGGUGGUGGCACCAUCACAACGAAAGAGGGAGACGGCCCGUUCUCAGUAGAAGUGAGAAAUCAAAUGUCCUUUGACGAAGGGGAUGAGCCCCGUGAGCGUGGAAAAAUCGAGCUUUAUCCCCAGGGACCUGACACAGACUCCGAGAACGUCGAUGUCUCGGAUGAUGAACCUGAAAUUGCCGGCGCCUGUGCCCAACGGGACCUCAUGGACUUUGAUCUACUAGCUGCUUCGCAAAUAUUCAUGAAGAAUCUCAACAAAACUGACAAUGCACUCACUGUUCCCGAUCAGUACGAAGACGGUAUUAGUGAUAGUCACACUGAUAUCGAAGACAUCGACUAGUUAUCGCCUAAUUACUGAGUUUUUUCAAUGGUUCACGUUGUAACGCCGAUGAAACUCGCUAUGUUAACAUUUCUACUUACUCAGAUCAAUUUUUAUCUGGAAUUUUGUGACUUUCUUUUUGCACCAUUUGUUCGUUUGCCUAAGUGUGAAUGUUUGUAUGUAACAAAAAAUUUGCAUGCCCUGUCACUCGUUAUUUGUCAAAUUGUCACUACAUCUUUGUUGGCUCACAAACAUCACAUCAAUUUGACGGUAUUGAAUCAAUUGAAGCAAUCAACAUUAUUAACAUUGAAAAUAUAGUAUAAUAGUCGAUCAUCAGGGAGCAUAAUUUAGCUGAAUGUACGUUGUUCGAUGGAAUCACUUCAAUGUUUUAUUGAAACAUGAUUCUUUUGAUGUUAAUUGCAGAAAGAAAUGCCGUCCUCAACAUUGUCAUUGACAACCCAAUGGGAUAUUAAAUAACAAAAACCUUGAUUAAUUCGUCCACGAUUAAGAUUUGGCAACUUUAAACACGAAUAAUGAUAAAUAUCUUGUGUGAUUCGUAUUGACUCGAAAGGCUUACUAGAAUGAAUUUUCAAAUAACAAUAGAUUCGACUCAAUGGUGGUUAAUUGUACAAAUUAAAUCAAAUAAAUAAUCUGAAAACUAAUGAAACAACCUUGAUGAGCAGUUCUAUUGUAACUCAAUGUAUCGCAUUACGAGAGAUUAAAGAGAAAUAAUGAGAUAACAAGAUUCUAAUAAACAAAGA